AGCGGUGGAAAACAUUCUGACAUUGGAGUUUACAUUGCAUUUAACCUUAUAUUGUCAAUCAUUUCACUUCAAAAGUUGAUUUCACAGAAGAGAGUUGAGACCUACACGUAUGCCUUUGAGGCAAUCUGCUAAUAUACACAAGAAACAGCCAGGCAGUGGUCUUGACGUUUCAGAGUGGACUUAGUUCUAUAGUACAGACUGAGAAGAGCUAUUGCCAAGUUAUGCCAUUGCCAAGUUAUGGAUCGAUGAAUCAUUUAUGGCUAUCAAUUGAAUUUAUGAAAUUCCCUUGGGUUUGUAUGCUAACGCAGAAGCAAGCUUAAGAGCUAUUCCAUAGACAGAGUCGAGUGUUAAGAGAACAAAGACACAGUCGUUAAGAAGUUAAAUAUAGUAGUUUUACAGUCGAUAAUCACAAUAAAAGGUUAUCAAUCCAUCAAUGAAAACCUUUUGACUGCUAUCAUUUGAGAACUUUGAAACAUUAUCUUCAAGAAAUACCUGAAAGAAGAGAAUUUUCAUUCAAGAACAGAGGAUAUAGUGUCGUAUAUAAGAGAAAAGGUUAAAAUCAACAAAUACAAGACGGUCUAUAUAGUUUGUAUUCAUGGCUAGUGACGAACAUGCUUUGAUCCUUGACAACGGAUCGGAUACAUUAAAAGCAGGAUUUUCUUGUAAGAAUGAACCUCAAGUUAUCAUUCCGUCGUUGAUUGGACGUCCGAGGACAAAAUUCUUGAAACACAUCACGUUCAAUCCAAAUCUUAAAGACCGUUAUAUUGGAAACGAGGCCCAGAUAAACCGUGAUAUCCUCGCGCUCAGCCAUCCGGUGGAAAAUGGAGUUAUUAAACAUUGGGAUGAUAUGCAAAAGGUUUGAAAAAAAUAUCAACCUUAUUCAUAGUUUGAAUAAAUGCAUGUCGCUUUUUUUCAGGGAUGGAGAUAAAGUUAGGGCGUGCACUAAUGUUCCUUUAUUGCAGAUAAAUGCUUAUUAAAGAAAGAUACUUCAGACAACAAGAGAAAUAGGCAUAAAUGCAAAAGGCGUAAAUGAUAAAACGUCAAUAGGUGACUGAAUGACACGGGGAACAGUGGGAUUUUCAAAACAAUGAAAAGGAACUUUCUGAUCGCUGUACCGUGACUGGAUGGUCACGCGGAGUGUCAUUCAAGGGGUCAUUAUUGAAAUACCGCAGUGAUUUAAACUCACACCUUCAUUUUAAUCUUAUUAAAGUGUCGAUUUAUCAUUCCUGGAAUUGUUUUGUUAUUUACAAGAUUGCUGCUCCUUUUUCACAAACAUCUCAAUAGUGACGUCAUCAUGACGUAAUCAGGCUAGACUAUGGUCCUUUGCAUAUCACGUGUCCGCACGCCCAAUCACGAUUUAGUGAUCGGAAUGUGUUGUUCAUCAUGACAACUGAAGGUUCUUUUCUAGUGCGAUUUUCUUCUUCUGAUGCAUGUGAACGAGUAGAUGAGUUAUGAAUGAUUUUUUUUCUGUGUUGGUACCAGUUAUGUACUCAGGUGAAUAUGAUGCUUGUGAUGUUACUCUGAGUGUACAUCCACACCGGGCAAGCUUGAAAAAUAUGCCUGACCCUGGCAUACUUUUCAAGCUUGCCCGGUGUGGAUAUACACAGAUACACUCAGAGUAACAUCACAAACAUCAUAUUCACCUGAGUAUGCAACAUCAAUACAGAAAAAAUCAUGAUUACUAGAUUGCAUUGUUAUCGAAGGAACUAGACUCAGUUCCGAAAUAUCACUGACAUACUUGAACCGACCUGACUGCGUAGCUCAGUUGGCAGAGCAUUGGGCUAGUAUUCCAAGGGUCGUGGGUUCGAUUCCAACCGUGGUCAGGCAUAUUUUCAAGUUCUGAAUGUUCUGAGUAAGUGUGUUCCCUCAUCUCAACAUUCAUAUUUUAUAACUCAUCCACUCGUUCGAGCACUCGUUCACAUCCUUCAGAAGAAGAAAAAAUCGUAGCAAACAAUGCAAGUGCACGUUGAGUUAAAUAUCAAAAUUAUUUUAAAUUUUUCAGUUAUGGCAGUAUACGUUUGACAAACUGGACGCAUCGCCAAAAGAACAAGCUAUUCUGUUAACAGACAUUCCUAACAAUCUCAAAGGCAACAGGGAGAGAAUGGCUGAGGUCAGUGCGAUCAGUUUCUUGGCAAAUAGAAAUCUUUUCCUAUAAUGAAUGAUGAGUGUACAUUCCAGAGUUUCCGAAGGGCGGACAACUUACACCUUACGAGAAUGCUGUGUAAUGUUUCCUGAUUCGCCUUCUGCGCAAAAAUAUGCGCGUUCACGCACGUGACAACUGCUACGCAAGUUAUGCUAAUUGACUUCCUAAUUCCCUUGUGUCAAAAGCGCGCUAUUUGCUGGGCACUGAAGCAUUGAAGCGUUAUAUUGAAUAAUAAAUAAAAUUACUAUAUAAAAAUAUAAAUGAGAGUAAAAUCAUAUUAAUAUCUGUCGUCACCAUACUUACCCGUGUGGAUGGUUAGGUGCAGACGUGGUCAGCUAAUGAUCUCCGGAUUUGAGUUACUUGGAUUCAGGUCCGAAUCACGUGGACCUGUCCAUUCAGGACCUGACCACCGAACGUCUGCACCUUAUCACACCGAACUUAGUUCGAUGGAAAUUAAAUUGAAAAUCAAUUGUAGUCAUGAAAAAAAAAAAUUGCUUCUUCUCUGAGCAGAUAACCAUUGCAGUUGGCUACGAAUUAGCUAAUGACCUGAGAGUCUGCUUGGCACUCUCUGUAUCCGAUAUCCUGAGGGCACAUGUCGUACCCAGACUGCGCGCGGCUCCUAUGAUAUUAACCUUGGUUACUAUGUAACCUCAUUUAACCCAUUCUCCCCUUGACAAGUAAAAUCGUCUGGCGACUUAAGGUCUAGACACACCGGACGCGAUUCGACAACGCGACGCAAUUUUUUAGUUUUUGAAAGUUAAUAAAACAGCCAAUGAGGACAAUGAGAGCAAAUUUUAAAAGAUAUGUAGACCAAAUAACUCAAAAUGUUAUAACGCUUCUAAAUAUUUGGAAAAUUUAAACUAGAAUCAAAGUUAUCGGUCAGUGAAAUCGAAAAAUCGCGUCGCGUUGUCGAAUCGCAUCCGGUGUGUCUGGACCUUUAGAGUAAAAUAAUGAUCAGGGUGCAAUUCAGCUUCAAGUGAGUUAAUUAAUUCAUUGGAUUCAAAAUAGGGUUAGGAUUAGGUUUGAUUAAGGCUAAGAUGACAAUACAGUCAGGUUUGUAAGAAUUAAGAUAAGUAAAAUGCAAGAAAUUGAGAUUGUUACGAUAAAAACUCAAGCCAUAUUUUGCAUUUUUUCCAGAUCAUGUUUGAGAGCUUCCAAUGUCCAGGAAUGUACAUAUCUAUCCAAGGAAUACUAUCACUACAUUCGUAUGGUCUCGUCACUGGCGUUGCAGUGGAUUGUGGGGCUGACGUGACACAGAUUGCACCAAUCAUAGACGGAUACUCCAUUCCUAACGCCAGCAGCUGCCUACCCCUAGGUGGACAAGACUUGAACUACUAUCUUCUCAAACUCUUAGCGGAGAAUGGCGUCACAUUCGCAGCCAAGCACUGCGUUCAAGAUGCAUGCAUGAUCAAAGAAAGGUUUUGCUAUGUGGCAAGAAAUUUUGACAAAGAACUCAAAAUGGCAAGCAAAUCUGGACUAAGACGGACUUAUACACUACCAGAUAACCGUACCAUUACAAUUGGCAGCGAACAAUUCCGCUGCCCAGAGGCGUUAUUCCAACCUGAUGUCCUAGGUCGAAAUUUUGAUGGGGUUCACAAAAUAUGCUGUGAUAACAUUAUGCAAUCAAAUCAACCAGAUGAGGUCACAAAAGACUUAUUCAGUAACAUUGUGCUGUCAGGUGGCUCCAGCAUGUUUCCAGGCCUACCAGACAGAUUUUCCCGAGAGAUUAACAUGCUAACACCAUCGCAUCUCCAUCCUAAUGUAUUGGUUGUAGAAAGCAGACAGAAUAAUGUGUGGAUUGGAGGAUCCAUUGUAGCAUCAUUGUCAGCUUUCCAAGAAAUGUGGUUGACAAGACAGGACUAUGAAGAAAAUGGGCCUUCGUAUAUUCACAAAAAAUGUAUAUAAAGUAAACGAAAGUAGAAGUGUAUUUAUAAUUAACCAUUGUUUAAUGAUUUAGCAGUGGCAGAAAUUCACUUUUUCCGGUGGGGGGGGGGGCAAAACCUCCUAAAUUUCCAACAAAACUUUCAAAUUUCCGACAUACUCCCCAUUUGCACUCGAAAAGACUGUUUUUAGCCCUCUUUUAGGUCACAAUUUCCACACACCCCCAACCGAGAUUUCCGCCACUGUGAUUUACAAUAGUACUGUUAUACUGCAUGUCAUCAUACCUUGCCAACUUGUAUAUACGACCAUGUAUAUAUUGUAACUAUAGUUAGUCUGAUGUUGAUUUUGUAAUAAAAUCGAUCUAUUACUCAC